AUGUCGACAAGGUUCGUCAGUCUAGCACAGGCGCGACCUUCUGACUCGACUGCCCUUGUUGAUAACCUGUUGGAGAUAUUGAUGUCAUGUGAACCACGGAAUAUCGUCGAACUCGUAGGAGCUCUGCGUGCAGCUAUUCCGUCUUGCAGAAAUGGAGGAUGCAUACUAACCACUGACCUCCAUGACUUCAGCGAUGCCUCUCCUAGCACAUAA